GGCAGUCAUGAGGCUAAUGUGAUUUGUUUAUAGUAGCAAGAGUCCGACUGCGCUGACUUCUCUCAGCUCAAACUUCCCCCUUGGUUUAAAAAUGUCCUCCUUUCUUCUGAUUUUUUUGUCCUCCAUCGUCCUGGUGUGCAGGGCCAGCGCGUGUCCGUGUGAGAGACCGGAGCUCUGCCAGCAGAUCCGGGAGGAGAGAGACUUUGAGGUGUUUGUGUUUGACGUGGGUGGAAAAACAUGGAAGUCGUACAACUGGAGCAUGGUGACCACAGUGGCAACGUUUGGAAAAUAUGAUGCCGAGCUCAUGUGUUACGCUCACUCCAAAGGAGCACGGGUUGUACUUAAAGGUGACGUUCCCCUCUCCUACAUUAUGGAACAACAAAACAGGACAGCAUGGAUAGCAGAGAGGGUCAGCUUGGCCAAGAUUCAAUAUAUGGAUGGAAUCAACAUCGACAUCGAGCAAGCGGUGGACGAGGGCUCGCCGGAGUACUAUGCUUUGACAGCCCUGGUCAAAGAGACCACUGAGGCAUUCCACAGGGAGAUCCCAGGUUCACAGGUCUCAUUUGACGUUGCCUGGUCACCAAAUUGUAUCGACAAGCGCUGCUAUGACUACGUUGCCAUCGCUGAAUCCUGUGACCUGGUGUUCGUGAUGUCCUAUGAUGAACAGAGCCAGAUCAUGGGGGACUGUAUUGCGAUGGCAAAUGCCCCACUCUCUCAAACACUGAAUGCUUAUGACCAGUUUUUGAGUCUGAAGAUCGAUCCAAAGAAGCUGGUGAUGGGAGUGCCGUGGUACGGCUAUGACUACCCAUGCCUCAACUUUUCCCAGGAGGGAGUAUGUUCUCUAGAGAAAGUUCCUUUCCGUGGAGCUCCCUGCAGUGAUGCAGCCGGAAAACAGAAAACAUACAAGUGGAUCAUGACGCAGGUCAACAGCUCAUUGUCUGGCAGGCUCUGGGACGACAAGCAGAAAGCUCCUUACUUCAACUACAAGGAUCUGCAAGGACAGAUGCAUCAGGUUUGGUACGAUGACCCACAGAGUAUUUGUCCCAAGGCGGAAUCGGUGAAAUCUAAGGGUUUGAGAGGCAUUGGCAUGUGGAAUGGCAACAUCCUAGACUACGGUGAUGAACCAGUCGCCAGGCAGCAGUCUGCGAUGAUGUGGAAUGCACUCUUAGGAUGCUAGCUGGGAUACACUUAACACUGCUGCAGAAAUUUCCAUCACCCCUCCUGAUUGUUGCUAAGUCAAUAUAUCCCUUUGUAGCAGUAAUGGAGUGUGGCCUCCUCCUGUUCAAGGAUGCAUACUUGCACUUAAGAUUUUACUGUGUCUUUUACUGCUGUUAUUGAAUGUGGUGACGUCUGACAUUCCUCUGUGCAAACUGAAAUAACUGGUUCUCUGAAAAAAAAAAAAGACAACCAAUCUUUUUAAUGUGACACCAACAGUAAUUUUGUCUGACCGAUACUGGGCUUACUGAAAUCUUUGCACUUUAUGCUUUUCAUAAAUAAACAUUUUCUGAUGAA